AUGCCUAAUAUCAAUUUGAGUGUGGUAUGUUUCAAAGAACCACUGGGAGGACAAUCAGGGGAAGACAUUCAAGGAAUAGUAAAUGCAGGGGAAAAAGUUUCUAUGGCAGAGGAAGUUGGGCAUGGGCAACCUUUGGGCUUCUUUGAAGGUGGAGGAAAAAUUUCUGACAAAAGCAUCACUUACAAGGUUGGCCCAAUUUCUUUACAAAAUCCUGAAGUGGUAAGCAAUGAACCACAUAAUGAAGGGUCUGAGCUGUCAAUGAAUAUGGACAUUAUUCCUCUCAAAACUCUAGUGCAAGGAGGAAAAUGGAAAAAGAAAGCAAGGGGUACUGAGCAUGGAGUGAAUACAGAAAAAACUAAUAUGGUGUUGGGGACCAAGUAUAAAACAAGCGAGGAUGAGAUGGAAACAACGAGUGGAAGCAAGAAAGGAAGAACUUAUGUUUCAGAAAACAUGACGAAAGUCAAUACCAUUGUGGGAUCAGGGAGCUGGCCCACCAUGAGUAAUGAUUGUUUUAAGUUGAAAUGUUCGAGGGCUUGGGAACCCUAG